CUUAAUCGCCGGUGACGGAAUUCAAAACACCCGCCUGUGACCCUAGACACCUCUCUCUCUCUCUCUCUCGUGGUUCACGAUUCGAUUCUUCUCCUGCGCCUUUCUGGUUCGUUUUGGCUUUCUUUUCUCGGUGCAGCUCGCUCUCAAAUUUUUAGGUAGAAUUUGAUGAUUGGUUUCUGUGGUUGAGCAAUAAGAACAAGAAAUCAGGGUGUGUUCUGUAGGUUUUGAAGUUGAACUAGCAAUGGAGGCACGCCCUGCCAUUCGGAGAUCAACUGCAAAUAGUCACAUGGGAGUCUCUGGAGCACUAUCUUCAUCUACACCAGUCCUUCAAUCCCCUUCGCAGGAGACAUACCCCAAGUUGCAAGACUCACAACAGGUUUCGAUGGAAAGAUCUGUUGUUCAUGCAGGUCACUUGACAUCUAACAGUGGUGUAAUUGGUCACAUAAUUUCAUCACCAUCAAGAUUCUCAACAGAUCUUCACUACUCAUCUAUUUCGCCUCGUGAGAAGCAGUCAAGAAAGAGUCCUUUCAUUUCACAGUCCUCAAGCUCUGCGUCUAUACCAUUAUCACAUUCUUCUCCUUCAGAAGCUUUUCAAUCUACCGCGUCUUGUGCCUAUUCCAAAGAAAACAGUCAUUCAUGGGGUACAGAUUCUCUGCCAGGGUUCCUUGAUUUUCCUGUAAAUACCCCUGUUCAGAAUAGUCAAAUAGAGAGCAGUAGUUGUAGUGGCAUUAUGGCUGCUGCAGAUGAGUGGCAGGAGUGGGCAAGCCAGCUAGUUACUGAUGAUGAUGCUUUGACUUCUAACUGGAGUGAUCUUCUCGUUGACGACAAUGUUACAAAUCUGGAACCAAAGAUGACAUACCAGGUUCCCAAACCAUCUUUGAAUUUUUCAGCUCAGCAGUCCCUAGUUUCUCAGCAAGAUCCUGCUUCAUCUAGAGAACCAUCUUUGAAUUUUUCAGCUCAGCAGUCCCAAGUCUCUCAGCAACAUCCUGCUUCAUCUACAGAAAUCAUUCCUGCUCCAUCUAGAGAAAUCCUUCCUGGUCAAUCUAAGGAUAUAAUUUCUGUUACUACUACUCCUUCCUCAGCUAACAGUGCCGCAGCGAAGCCACGUAUGCGUUGGACACCAGAACUUCAUGAGUCUUUUGUCGAAGCUGUUAACCAACUUGGUGGUAGUGAAAGAGCAACUCCUAAGGGUGUGCUGAAGCUGAUGAAAGUGGAAAGCUUGACUAUCUAUCAUGUGAAAAGUCACUUGCAGAAAUAUAGGACCGCUAGAUACAGACCAGACUCAUCAGAAGGAUCAUUGGAGAAAAAAUUAACUCCUCUCGAAGAAAUGACAUCUUUAGACUUGAAAACGGGUAUCGAGAUCACUGAAGCUCUGCGACUGCAGAUGGAAGUUCAGAAGCGGCUGCAUGAACAGCUUGAGAUUCAGAGAAAUCUACAGUUACGAAUUGAAGAACAAGGGAAGUACCUUCAAAUGAUGUUUGAAAAGCAAUGCAAAUCCAGUAUUGACAAUAUGAAUGCGUCGUCAUCCGGUGUGGAAAAUCCUUCUGCUCAGCCUUCUGAGGCAAUGCAAGUUUCUCCUGAUAAAAGUGAAUUGGAGACCUCCAAGGUGGAGCAUGACAAGACCAAACAUGAUCCUGCCAAAUCCAUAGUUGCAUCAGCAGAAUGUGCUGAGGAGCCUAUAGGAAAGCAAAAGUCCCCUGAAACUGAAGCUCCCACGGAUUCUGAGCCGGAUGUUUGUAUGUCCAGUUCCCAACCUCCUAAGCGUCCCAAAAUUAAAGAAUAGCAGUAUCAUCUGUUAAACCAGUAUUAGACUGACCAAUCAUUCUUGAUUAUAGAUGGUUUUAAAUUUUAAGAUAGGCUUGGUUGCCUAAGAAAAAGAGCUUUUCUGGUCUUUUUUCUUUUUUCAUCUUCUGAUUUUAAUAUGAUAAUAUUCGCAUCAGCAUUGAAUAAUGCCUAUGCAGUCAGCAGUCUGUUCUGUCUUGCUGAUGGUUUUAAGUUAAUUAGCCAGAGUCUUGAUCCUAAUGCAGUUAACCUUAUGACUAAUAGCUAUCUAUUGUUAAUU